CUGUGACGUAAAACGAGGUGUUGUUAUAGUAGGAAAGCAGACGUUCCAUCAGUUCCCAAGACAACGUUCUCCGGUUCAGAGCUCCGUAUCAAUAAAAAACACCCUAUAAAAUGGCAAAUAUUGCGGCGAUCUUCCUCCUGUUCGCCCUGUUCGCAGUGGCCAUGCCUGCCCGCGUUGCUCGUGAAGAACCCACUACCUCGCCGGUCUUAAAAGCUAUAGAUAAGGUCAAAGAAGAUCUGAACUUGAUUAAAUCGGAUAUGAACAAAAUCACUGCGGAACAAUUUAAGGAUUUUGGAAAAACGUAUAAUGACGCUAUCGACGGUCUUCUGAAUCGGACAAUGAAUCUUCUUAAGAGUCAAAGUCGAUUACAGCAGGUGACCUUGCCGCCGGUCCAGCAAGAAGUUGAUGGCUUGCCUUCAAAUUAAUUCUCCACAAAUGUGCCUAAUAAAUAUAUAAAUUUUCACACUGGCUAAAAUUAUCCAAAAGGGGCUAUACCAGUGUGACACUUGUAUAACUCAACGAUAAAUUGACCAUUCGACUUCAAAUUUAAUGCUGAAUACAUUAAACCGCUUUUGAAAAAUCUGAAAUAAAGUAAUAGAAGUAAAGUUCA